UAAUGUUAUUUGUUUAAUAUUUAAAACUUCCAUUCUCAGACAUAGUUUCGUGGUCUUACAAGCUACACGUGUGAGAUCAACUCGGUUCCAUCAGUGAUUUGACGAAACAAUUAUGAUUAUCCUCCUUAUUUGGUCGGCGGUCUUGGUCGCCGUGAUAACGCUAUACUUCCGAAGACUGUACUCCUCCUUUAGCCGCCAUGGCAUCAAGCACAUAAAGCCAGUCCCGAUCCUCGGCAACAUGGCCAAGGUCGUAUUACGCGCAGAGCAUGUGAGUGAUGGACUGACAAAGGUCUACAACGACUUCCCUGAGGAAAGGUUUGUUGGAAGAUAUGAAUUCACCAAGGAGUUAAUUGUAGUUCGUGACCUUGAGCUGGUUAAGAAAAUAACUGUGAAAGACUUCGAGCAUUUCCUCGACCACCGCCCCUUGUUAGGCAACGGCGAAUCGUACUUCUCCAGGAAUUUAUUCUCUUUAAGAGGACAAGAAUGGAAGGACAUGCGCUCCACGCUGAGUCCAGCAUUCACGAGCUCCAAGAUGCGCUUGAUGGUGCCUUUCAUGGUGGAGGUCGGAGACCAGAUGAUGCGGUCGCUUCAUAGAACUAUAAAGGAAUCUAAGAAUGGCUCCGUCGAUGUAGACUGCAAAGACCUAACUGCUCGUUACGCUAACGAUGUGAUUGCCUCCUGUGCCUUUGGCCUGAAGGUAGACUCACACAACGACAAAAACAACAACUUCUACGAACUGGGGAAAGAGACUUCCACAUUCAACUUCCGCCAAGUGAUCAAGGCUUUUCUAUUUGCUAACUUACCAGAAGUAGCAAAGUUCUUAAAAUUGGAUUUCUUGUCGGAGUCAUCAAAGAACGCAUUCAAGAGACUGGUGUUGGAUACAAUGGAAAACCGAGAGUUGAAGAAUAUUAUCAGACCAGACAUGAUUCACUUGUUGAUGGAAGCUAAGAAAGGCCAAUUGACGCAUGAAGAUAUAAAAUCUAAGGAUCAAGCUGUUGGUUUUGCUACUGUUACUGAAUCAGCUGUAGGGAAGAUAAAAGUAAAUAGAGAAUGGACUGAUGAAGACCUCGUGGCUCAAGCAGUGCUGUUCUUCAUUGCCGGAUUUGAGGCCGUCUCAUCAUCAAUGUCGUUCCUACUCUAUGAGCUUGCCGUGAACCCUGACGUACAGGAGCGGCUGGCGCAGGAGAUUAAGGAGACUGACGCUAAGAACGGCGGCAAGUUUGACUUCAACUCCAUACAAAAUAUGGUCUACAUGGAUAUGGUGGUAUCAGAGGUCCUCCGACUUUGGCCAACAGCCGGUGCUCUAGACAGAAUUUGCACUAAAGACUAUAAUAUGGGUAAACCGAACCCGAAAGCGGAGAAAGAUUACAUUAUCCGUAAAGGAACAGGGAUGUGGAUACCAGUUUUCACCAUUCAUCGCGAUCCUGAUUACUUUUCUAAUCCUUUGAAGUUCGACCCUGAGCGGUUCUCAGAAGAAAACAGGCACACCAUCAAUCCACUCGCGUACAUGCCUUUCGGUGUUGGACCUAGGAAUUGCAUUGGGUCAAGAUUUGCGCUCUGCGAGGUUAAGGUGAUGACAUACCAGAUCCUUCGAGAAAUGGAAGUAUCCCCUUGUGAGAAGACCUGCAUACCGGCGAAGUUGUGUAAUGAAACUUUCAAUCUGAGACUCCGUGGAGGACACUGGCUCAAGUUCAGAGCGAGGACUUACACGGGGGACACGCAGAGGCAUGUUCUCCAGAAAGUAGCUACACCGGUAAUGACCACCUAUGAUUUUGUGAAAGAAGGUCAUGUCCAGCAAAAGUCUUCGCUCACGAAGAGAAUGCAUUCGAAACCUAAUCAAGCGCUCUUUAUAGGGAUUCCUGUGAGAAAAUCCACCAGUGUUAUAAGCAAGGUGUCUAGUGAACGCUCUCUGUAUACUCUCAAUGCGCUGCGAAUGCACCGCAUAAAACGGACUCCACACAACACUGGCGAACUCAAGAUGACUACGGACCAAGGAUUGAAGAACGGAGUGGUUAACUUUAUCAAAGGCACUGCUAAAGUCAGUGUAGAUGGCGUCAACCUGCCUGCCCGAGUCAACUUCAUUGGAUAUAUUAGAAAUGUAAGGGACCAGAUCAUGAUUAUCCUCCUAGUCUGGUUGGCGGUGCUCAUCGCCGUGAUAACUCUGUACUUCAGAAGACUGUACUCCUCCUUCAGCCGCCAUGGCAUCAAACACAUCAAGCCAGUCCCGAUCCUUGGCAACAUGUCCAAGGUCGUGUUACGCGCAGAACAUGUCAGUGAUGGACUCACAACGGUUUACAACAUGUUCCCUGAGGAAAGGUUCGUUGGCAGAUAUGAAUUCAUCAAAGAGUUGAUUGUGGUUCGUGACCUCGAGCUGGUUAAGAAAAUGACUGUGAAAGACUUCGAACACUUUCUCGACCACCGCCCCUUGUUGGGCAACAGCGAGUCUUACUUCUCUAGAAACCUGUUCUCUUUAAGAGGUCAAGAAUGGAAAGAUAUGCGCUCCACCUUGAGUCCAGCGUUCACAAGCUCUAAGAUGCGUCUAAUGGUGCCCUUCAUGGUGGAAGUCGGAAAACAGAUGAUGCAAUCGCUUCAUAAAAUUAUAAAAGAAUCUAAGAGUGGCUCCAUAGACUUAGAAUGCAAAGACCUGACGACCCGUUACGCUAACGAUGUGAUUGCCUCCUGCGCCUUUGGUCUCAAGGUGGACUCACACAACGACAAAAACAACAGCUUCUACGCGCUAGGCAAGGAGACUUCCACAUUUAAUUUUCCCCAGAUAAUCAAAGCUUUCAUGCUGGCUAACACACCAGAAAUAGCCAAGUUUUUAAAGCUGGAUUUUCUAUCGGAGUCAUCAAAAGAGGCUUUCAAGAGACUGGUGCUAGAUACGAUGCAAAACCGAGAGUUGAAGAAUAUUAUCAGACCCGACAUGAUUCAUCUGUUGAUGGAAGCAAAAAAAGGCAAACUAACUCAUGAAGAUAUCAAAUCCAAUGAUGUAGCUGCAGGAUUUGCUACUGUUACGGAAUCCGCUGUAGGAAAGAAAGAAAUUAAUAGAAUAUGGACUGAUGAAGACCUCGUGGCUCAAGCAGUGCUAUUCUUCAUAGCCGGUUUUGAAACAGUUUCAUCAGGAAUGUCAUUCCUACUCCAUGAGCUUGCCAUGAAUCCUGAUGUGCAGGAGCGGUUGGCACAGGAGAUAAAAGAAAAUGACGCCAAGAACGGCGGCAAGUUCGACUUCAACUCUAUACAGAACAUGGUCUAUAUGGAUAUGGUUGUGUCAGAGGUCCUUCGACUUUGGCCACCUGCUGUUGCUCUUGACAGAAUUUGUACUAAAGACUACAAUAUGGGUAAGCCUAACCCGAAAGCGGAGAAAGAUUACAUUAUCCGCAAAGGAACCGGAGUCUGGAUACCAACAUUCACCAUUCACCGCGAUCCUGAGCACUUUCCCAACCCUUUAAAGUUUGACCCUGAACGAUUCUCAGAAGAAAAUAGGCAUACCAUCAAUCCGCUCGCGUACAUGCCCUUCGGUGUUGGACCUAGGAAUUGCAUUGGAUCAAGAUUUGCGCUCUGUGAGAUUAAGGUGAUGACAUACCAGAUCCUCAGAGAAAUGGAAGUGUCCCCUUGUGAGAAGACCUGCAUACCGGCGAAGUUGUCCAACGAAACUUUCAACCUCAGGCUACAAGGAGGACACUGGCUCAAGUUCAGGCCGAGGACUUAG